GAGUUUGAAGGUCGAAGGUGGCGGCGGGAGGAAGAUGGCGGCGGCGGCGGCGAGGGAUUUGCCUUUGCAUCUUAGCGGCUGGGACGCGCUGAUGGGGGUCCUCGGCAGCCUGAGCCGGGGCUGAGGCGCCCGUUGCUGGUGACGCUUCGGAGCGUCGUGAAGGAGCCGCGAGGGCCGAGGCCUCCUCCUUCUCCUCCUCCAGCUGACGCUUCUGGGUCCGCGCAUCAGAGCCAUGGUGUCAUGGAAAGGAAUUUAUUUUGUACUUACACUAUUCUUGGGAAGUUUUUUCGGAAGCAUUUUCAUGCUUGGCCCCUUGCUGCCAUUGAUGUUUUUCUCCCCAUCUUGGUAUCGCUGGGUCACUGAUCGCGUUGUGGCUACUUGGCUUACACUUCCAGUGGCCUUACUGGAGAUUGUAUUUGGAGCAAAAGUGGUUAUAACAGGUGAUGGAUUCAUCCCCGGAGAAAGAAGUGUCAUUAUCAUGAACCACCGAACUCGAAUGGACUGGAUGUUCCUAUGGAACUGCCUGCUGAGAUAUAGCUACCUCAGACUUGAAAAAAUAUGUCUCAAAUCUAGCCUCAAAGGCAUUCCAGGAUUUGGCUGGGCCAUGCAGGUUGCUGCCUUCAUUUUUAUUCAUAGAAGAUGGGAAGAAGACAAAAAUCAUUUUGAAAAUAUGCUGGAUUACUUCUGUGACAUUAACGAACCACUGCAGCUUCUCAUCUUUCCCGAAGGAACAGAUCUGACAGACAACACCAAAGCCCGCAGUAAUGAAUUUGCUGAAAAGAAUGGACUUCAGAAAUACGAAUAUGUCUUGCAUCCAAGAACUACAGGCUUCACUUUUAUAGUGGAACGACUAAGAGAUGGCAACAACCUUGAUGCUAUCCAUGACAUAACAGUGGCAUAUCCUCAAAACAUUCCUCAAACCGAGAAGCAUCUUCUGUAUGGGAACUUCCCAAAGGAGAUUCAUUUUCACGUCCAGAGAUAUCCAGUACAGUCUCUGCCAACCUCUCGGGAAGAACUGCAACUCUGGUGUCAGAAGCGCUGGGAAGAAAAGGAAGAAAGGCUUCGUUUGUUUUAUGAAGGCAAAAAAUACUUUGAUGCAACCGGAAGAAGCAAAAUUCCACCCUGUAAAUCUGAGUUCAGGGUCAUGGUUGUUAAGUGCAUUUCACUCUUUUACUGGACAUCUUUCACACUGGCUAUGUUUGUGCUGCUAUACUUGUACAGCUUUGUGCGGUGGUAUUUUGUGAUUCUUGUUGUCAUUUUUGUUGUGCAACAAAAAGCAUUUGGUGGGCUUGAAUUGCUGGAACUUGCAUGUCAUCGAUUUUUUAGUAAAAAAUUACGCAACUCAGAAAGAGACUAAAUUUGGUGUAUGUUGUGGGGAGGGGGGUUAAGUUUGUGGACAUUUUUCAAAUGUGCCACAGGGUUUGCAAAAGUGGGAGGAGAUUUUGCAUGAGAAUCAUUGGUCUGUCUUAAUGCUGUGGUUGGUUAAUACACUGUGCACUUAUAUUGUAAAAGGAGAAAGAACAGUCAUGUGAAUUUUUAAUUUUUGAAUGUAUUUCAGAGUUUCUCUCUUUGGCAGCUAGCAUAUACAAUGUCUCUGCAAAAUAAUUUGCCAACCAAUCAAGUUUUAUAGCUCUUGAGCCUUUCGGGAGCUAUAAAUAGCUGGGCAAAUUGUCAUGCUAAAAGCAGUGGCCUGUGAUCCCUACAUGGCCUUGCCAUUAAUAAAUUGUGAAAUUUGAAAGUCCCCACUCAUUACAUGGUCCACAUUGGCCUUUCUUUAGCUCUUUGCCCCAUUCCCUUUCUGUGAGAGAAUCAUCAUUAGUAUCAGCAAAUUUUCUGACCUGCAGAAUGAGAAAACAAAAGAUGUUAUUUUGGGUCUAUUUUAUUAUACUCCAUUUUUAUAUGCCUGUUCUGUCUGUUGAUUAAACUGGUACAACUUGUACACCUCAGUUUUUAAACAA